GCCUAAUGUUGAGCCCACAUUACUUACGUGUCACGUGUUGACGGUAAAACCCCAGAAGCGGCUUCGCUCGCCGUGCUGCGCAACCCCAAGCAGAGAGGAGAGAUUAUGAUGAGCUUCCUAAGGAGAUCCAUCGGCAGCCUUUCCAAAUCGAAACUGGCUUCGACCGUCCCGUUUUCCUCCGCUUCACAUCCUUAUGCAAUCCGAAAAUCGUUGAUAACCCUUGCACAAACAGGAGCAUCAAGGCAAGCCAUUCCCGAUUCUGGUCUCAUGAGCCUGGUCUCAAAUGGAGCUAAGGGACUGUUGUUUGGCUUUCGGAAUCCCCAACGUAUGGAAUCUUGUCCAGUGAACAUCAGGCCCUCUUGCUUGUUGUCUAGAUCUUUUGCCUCGAGAACUUCUAAAGAACCUGGGAAACAUCAGAAUAAGGCUAAGAAAGAGGUGGUGACUGUGGAGGAUCCUUUUGAUUCUCCGACGUACCAUAUCCCGGAGAAGCCGGUAACCUUUACAGAAGGUGCUUCCUACAGUUUUGUUAUUCUGGCCGGGCUUGCGGUCGCUGGGGCUUCUGGGUACGCUGUCUUUAAAGAGCUCAUAUUUCAACCAAAAGAGUACAAGGUCUUUGACAAAGCGUUGAAGAGAAUUCAAGAUGACGGUCAGGUGAGGGUAAGGAUUGGAUCCCCCAUCACAGGCUACGGACAAGAAACCAGAAACCGAGCUGCUCGCCAACGUAUACCUAACAGAGUAUUUACAGAUGAAGACGGAGUCGAGCAUGUGGAGGUAAACUUCUUCAUCCGUGGGCCUCGCGGAGCCGGGAAAGUGUACACAGAGAUGUUUAAAGACAAGGCAGAUAAGGAAUGGAAAUACACAUACCUGAUCGUAGAUAUUUUAGCUCCCUCCCCAGCCAAACUGAUGCUGGAGUCCUACUUGCCCGCCUAGACACAACUCUCUUAUAUCUAUUUUAUUGUGAUUCAGUUUGGUCCAGUAAACACUCAUAAAAGGCUAGAUUGUUUUAUCAGUUAAGCGUUAUUGAGAACAACGAGUGUGACAGUUUUACACUUGUGCUUUAGUUUUAUCAUCAAUUCUGGGAUCAGACAUCUGUUGCACUAGCAUUGCUAAAUUGAAACACAUAAGUUUUCAUA